AUGCAACAGGAUGGGGUAUUGCAGCUUAGCUCCAGCACUGGCCCGGUGCCAAAUACGGGGUAUUGGGAUUACAAGGAGGUGAUAUGCGGAUACGCAAAUUCAACGACGGUUGUUUGCCCAGAACGCUAUUUGGAGAGCUCCUUUUUUUUUUUUGUCUUCGCUUCCUCUAAAUUUUCCGACUGUGCAGAUGCCACUCGCGCUCGCGUCAAGUUUGAUGCUUGUACGAGUACUGUACGCAAUGAUAACGCAAAGCUGCGGAGAACAGAAACCACGUACUCUGCUGCGGCUGGUUCGCAUCUUGUGCCUGAAUUCGGCACGCGGGCCUCGGGCCAGUCCGCGAAUCCAGCCCCCUUCAACAAAGGAGGUUUUGAUGCUUCGCACCACCAUCAUACAAUCUCCGUGAUUCAGGAGAAUACUUCCAAGGGAUAUCAACAACGUGCAACACGCCUAUCUGUAAGAGGAUCUCCGACGCGGGCUGGUUGCUCUUCUGCACAAGGAGGGAACUCCGAGGGUGAGAGGCCUCUUCUAUUCUUCAUUUCACAUCGCGCCACAAACGCUGUUACAACAAACUCCUAAGCCUCUCUAGUUGCUCAGCACUCCUCGUAUAGUAACAUUACAGCUUUUCAUCAUCCCCUAUCCGCUCUGUAGCCAAUUGGCUCACUCCAUGUCCAUUUCCCUUUUAUACAACAGAGACUCAGCAUUUAAAUGUCACAACCAUAUUCCCCAACGCCUAGUAUUCUGCUGAUUUGGACACACUGGCUCUCCAUAGUCUCAGUCAAAUUCCCAAUAUCACACAGCCGUAAACAUCAAUGACUUCUUCGUAGCACACACCAAUAGUUCAAACUAGUGCAGAUGAACAAGACGUCUGUGCGUGUGGGCAUCUGCCCAGACUUGCGCGGCGUAUUUAGCCCGUCGGCAUCCUUUCGCCUGCCGAUAGUUCAUGCGGACGUGCAUGAUUAUGACCUCG